AUGUUCGAGUUCUCAAAAAAAGCAUGGGCCAGAGUGAUGAAAGAUGCCGAUUUCGAGCUUGAGAAGAAGUUCCUGAAGCUUGGCGAUGAUGACCGCCCAACCUCUUCCAAAUCAUCUUCUUCUACCGAAAUUGGAAGCUCGGCACAUGAAGUGGAGUUCGCCUCACAAAUCGCUCGCUUGGAGGAGAAGUUCGAACAACUUCGAGAUGAUGUUCAGCAGAUUUUGCAGCUUUUCGAGCGCAACGAA